AAAUACAUCAUUUAAUAAAAUAAAUAAUUAAAAACUAAAAAUUCAUAUCCUCAGGGUCUAGUUCCAAAUUAUACAACAAACCAGAUAAUAAAUAAAUAAUCAAUAUAUAACUUUUUCUAAAAUAUAAAGUUUAUUUAUCCUCCCACCAAACCCUUGUAUGUAUAUAAACUAAACUGAACAUAACUAAUAAGAAAUCAGUUACAAGAAUGCCAAACCGGUUAUGGAUCUACGUACCCAGGAGUAACGAAUGUCUAUUAUAUAAACAGACCGAGAGUAGCUUCACUGACACAACUGUCUUCUCCCUUUCAAUUCCAUCAAAUAAAACUCGUGGAAUUAUUAAAUUAAUUAAGAAAAGCACUUAGUUAUGGGUUUAGUUGCUCGUAAGGCGUGUGUGUUUAUCUUUGUAUUCGCUCUUGUCGCCGAAUUUGCAUUUGGGAAUGUUGAGGUUAAGGACGACAAACACUUUUUUCAUAAACCUCGUCCAUUCUUCCACAAGCAUGGCAUUUACAAGAAGGGAUUUAGAAAGGGUUUGGGCGGCAGAGGCGGUCUAGGUGGUGGUGGCGGUCUUGGAGGCGGUGGAGGUCUAGGUGAAGGUGGCGGUCUAGGUGGAGGUGGCGGGCUAGGAGGCGGUGGCGGUCUAGGUGGAGGUGGUGGUCUAGGAGGCGGUGGCGGUUUGGGCGGAGGAGGCGGUUUAGGCCAUGGUGGAGGUUUGGGUGGAGGUGGCGGUCUAGGACAUGGUGGCGGUUUAGGUGGAGGUGGUGGUCUAGGCGGAGGUGGCGGUUUGGGCGGAGGAGCAGGCGGAGGAUACGGUGGUGGUGUUGGAGGAGGGUUUGGAGGCGGUGGCGGUGCUGGAGGAGGAGGAGGAUUUGGUGGUGGAGGGGGAUAUGGAGGCGGAGGAGGAUUCGGCGGUGGAGCUGGCGGUGGGUUUGGUAAAGGCAUUGGUGGUGGAGGAGGAUUUGGAGGUGGUUAUGGUGGCGGUGGCCAUCACUGAUGUGUGAUGAGGCUCACGUUCAUGCAUUCGUACGUUGUUAUUAUUUAAUUUAAAUGAAUCAUGAUAAUUAAUUAUUACAAUAAAAUGAUACAUUAGCAAACCGUGUGUCGCUUAUGUUUAUUGUAUGGUGUUUUUCAAGUUAUGCUUUGGUUGCUUUGCUUUUUGUCAACAAUUGACCGGUUGUUUUUACCUUUCUAUACAUAUUUAGUUUAAUAGUUUCUCAAACUAUGCUGUUACCUUUUUUUUCUCUUGUAAUCAUGAUCAGAACUGUGCUUCUGGCAAUGGAAAAAAAACAGUAGCCUCAUAUCACUUCCAUUGGCGCCUCUUAAGAGGGGUUUUAAACAAAAGACAAAAAAAAAUGAAAAAGGAUCAAAAAAACGAAGAACCGGUGUUUAAUGUGGGAUUUUUAGAAUUGGUAAAGAGUCCUUACAUGUCACUUUGGUAUUGGACCGCCCAUUUAUGUCUCUUUCUCCUUCGUUGGGGCUUUGUCCGAAAUCAGUUUUCUCUUCUUCCUCCAAUCUCGAUCACUCCAUCUUCUCUCUCGAUUCUGAUCUCGAUCGAUCUCCUUCUUGGUUAGGCAAAAUCAUCCUUUCGAUUUCCCGUUUUCGUUACUGCUGUGUCGAUUUUGUUUCUCUCCCAUUCUCUGUUCGUGAUCCGCUGUUUUUGUCUUCUUCCUCCUGAGGCUAUGAUGAAGAUCAUAAGAGAGAAGCAACUUCUUCAGAAGAAGCAGCUUCAAGAGAAAGCAUGGAUCGAGCUAAGGAUGAAACUCAGACAAGAGGUAAGGCUUGCAGUAAUGAAGGUGGAAGAAGAAGCAAGAUCAGACUGAUUGGUGAUGUGCGGGGAUGAAACUCCAGUGGAUGUCCCAAGAAGUACGUGGUUAUGUUGAAGCUGUCCUUAACAGUCUUGCAGCCAAUGUUCCAAAGGUGGACUAUGCUUAAUCUAUAGCUCCAAGUUUCCUUGUUCAUCUCUUUUUCUUUUCCAGUUGUUCCUUGGUCGUGAUACUAAGCAACAUGAAUUAAACUGGGUGUUGUUCUUUGUCAAGUGGAGAAAUCAAAAGAAGAUAUGCUGAAUAUCCUAUACAGUUCUAUCAGUGCAAUAGACAAUGAUAGGAUUGAGUCAUUGAUUCAAGAGGAUCAGAACGUCAAAGGAAAAAGAGAGUGUUACCUGAAACAAUCCUCUCUUCUUUCUAAGCUCACAAGGCAGCUUAGCUUUCAUGACAACUGAGCCAAUGCUGCUUCAAGUUGGUCUGACAAUGGUUCCACUGAGAGUAGCCCAAAAACCGGUGGAGGUUCUUCAGGGGAUGACUGGAUGAAUGCCUUCAACGCCGCUGGUAAUGGAGGGUCAGAUUCACUGUCAAGAUGUGCGGGGAUGAAAGUCGCUGAGUUUUCUUUUCAUUCAUUACGGAACCCACUCUCUCUAUCAGAAACUGAUUUGGUUGGGAAUAUAUGACAAAAGUGAUAGACCAUGGAUUUUACCCGUUUUCAGCCAUGGUCUAUAAGUGUUUUAAUAACUAAUUACUACUAUAUAGAGUCUAUUUAGAGUGUUUACAGGUUCAGAGACGAUUUAGAGGAAAGUGGUGAUUUUGGUGUCUUUUGGAGCAUUUUGAGUGCAGAGCUGCACAGACGCGUCAGAUGUCUAGCUAUGGAUGGAGACCUUCCGACUGUUAGAUUGCGCUCAUCUUUUUACACAAGAUAGAGCAUUGAGUUUGAUUUCCAAUGCCACCAGCUUGAGGUCAAUCAGCAUCUUAUAGAAGACGUUAUGCAUAUUUUACUGAAGAGUGGUCAGUCUGCCUCACGAGAGGAAGCUGUCGAGAAGAGGAACGUAUGUCGAUCGAUGCAGAACUCAUGAUAUCGAUCAAUAUGGAUGCCAGAAUGCGGGCCGAGCAUAAUUUAUGACCGACUGAAGCCCAGAAGCAACCCCAAAUUACCAUAAUACCCUUGGACGACCAUAAACUCUAUUUAUGUGUUUUCUAAGCCAUUGUUGAAACUAAGCUUUAUUUUAUUCAUUGUUCUAAGUUAGGAGAGACGAGAGGAACUCCUUCAGAGUCCUCUUGGAACUCCAUUGUUUUGGUUUUAUUUAUAUUUUAUGUUGUUCAUAUGUUCA